CAGCAUUCGACUCAACAGAGGACUACUGAAACAAGCAAUAUAGACAGCAACAAACAAUAAAAUAAAAUAAAAACAUCUGAUUGACCACAAGGAGCAAUUUCUGGAGACGUAAAGGGUGCUUGUGUAGCCUCCCGACACGGAUGGAAGCUCGCUUGAACGGCAUGUUUUUGCAGGACAAGUCUCUCUCUGAAUAGUUUCGCGAGACAUUUUGGUGCCCCGACAGCUAUAGCUUAUGAAAUAUAAAUCUGAAGAGUUGGAAGUGCUUAGGCGUUAAUGGUAUGCAAUAGAACUGUCAUACACCACCGCGUACUCUAAACUGUUUAGAAAGACAGCCGUCUUGAUUUGCAAAAUGCUGACAUCUCUUUCGCGGAGCAGUGGGACUGUUGUAAGCAUGGAUUUAUCCUUCUGCAUACGCUUCACAUUAAUUUGCUGAGAGAAGAUUUUGGUGCUUCGCGCAACUGUUCUUGUGUCGAACUUGCCAUUUCUAAGCCACACUCAAGCCAUAUCCACAGAAAGAAGACAGGGCUACUGACACUGUUUACAAGAACAGUCUUGUCAAGCCUUUUACGCACCUCUGCGUGGAAUAUCUGCAAAUGUUGCAAGCCAGCAGGAAAAUGAUGAAGAAAAGGAAAUUCACCAUGGCUCUUGGGAAUCUAAACUGAAGAUAUCUGCUACGAAUUUUGCCUUGUGGUGUCCGGUAAAAUCGACUCCAAACGUCACUUUGGUAGCAGUUGGGACAGAAUAUUGGCUCGUCGUGACUGAAAGCAAGCUUUCGCGUAGCUUGUGAAGUAACGUUUGCUGUUCACGGCACUGCAUUCAGAAGGGAAAGAAAUAGCAACUUCCUAGCGGAGGCCGGAGAACGAGUCAAAACGGAUUUAUAAAUAACUCGGAAAAGUUACCGGUCCCGUAGUGUAUCGGUUGAAUUAUUGACUUUCUGAUUUAAAUAAAUAUUUCUUUCUAUUUAUCUCACCGAACUGACCAGUAAAUUGGUUUGGUGGGUUUACAUCGGCUGGCAUUCGGAACUGCUCCUUUGUAAGUGAGCUUAGCCGAGGAGGCGGCCGCUCUUCUCCGCACUAAACGCUACUUUGCUGGCCAAAUCCAGUGCGGGUGGGAUACUUUCCGAUAACGAAGCCGAUAUGGAGGAAUGGAGACAAUGCGGCCGGUGGCUGAUAGACUGCAAGGUUUUGCCCCUGAACCACCGGGUUGUCUGGCCCUCGGCGGUCGUGUUCGACUUGGCUCAGGCGCUCCGAGAUGGUGUACUUUUGUGCCAAAUGUUACACAAUUUGUCACCUGGCUCGGUAGACCUAAAGCAGAUCAACUUCAGACCACAGAUGUCUCAGUUUCUGUGUCUGAAAAACAUCCGGACCUUCCUGAAGGUGUGCCACGACAAGUUCGGACUGCGGAACAGCGAGCUGUUUGACCCCUUCGACCUCUUCGACGUCCGGGACUUCGGCAAGGUGAUCUCAGCGCUGUCCAGAAUCUCCCAUCACAGCAUCGCACAGAUCAAAGGCAUCAGGCCUUUUCCUUCAGAGGACACCGCGCUGAAUGAAGAUGAUAUCUACAGGAGCCUGGAGGAGCUGGCUGAUGAGCAUGACGUGGGAGAGGACGACAUCUACGACUGCGUCCCCUGCGACGACGACGGCGAUGACAUCUACGAGGAUAUCAUCAAGGUGGAAGUCAGACAGCCUAUGAAAAUGGGCAUGUCGGAGGACGACAAGCGCAACUGCUGCCUGGUGGAGAUCCAGGAGACGGAGGCCAAGUACUACAAAACACUGGAAGACAUCGACAAGAACUACAUGAUCCCACUGAAGCAGGUGCUCAGCCCUCAGGACAUGGAAGCUAUCUUCGUCAACUUAGAGGAUGUGAUCAAGGUCCAUGCAGCGCUGCUGAGGGCUAUUGACCUCAGCAUGGUGACCGGGGGCAGCGGCCUGGGCAAGAUCUUCCUGGACUUCAAGGAAAGACUGCUGAUCUACGGCCAGUACUGCAGCCACAUGGAGCAUGCCCAGAAGACCCUGGAUGAUCUCAUCAUGACGCGGGAGGAUGUCAAGAUGAAAGUUGAGGAGUGCACCAUGAAGGUCCAGGAGGGCAAGUUCAAGCUGCAGGAUCUGUUGGUGGUGCCCAUGCAGAGAGUUCUGAAAUACCACCUACUGCUGAAGGAGUUGCUAAGUCACUCGACAGACCGGCCAGAGAGACUGCAGCUGAAGGAGGCGCUCGAGGCCAUGCAGGACCUGGCUAUGUACAUCAACGAGGUGAAGAGAGACAACGAAACGCUGAAGAAGAUCAGCGAGUUCCAGAGCUCCAUCGAGAACCUGCACGUGAAGCUGGAGGAGUACGGUCGGCCCAAGAUUGACGGGGAGCUGAAGGUGGUCACGGCCGUCAACCGCACCAAACAGGACCGGUACAUCUUCCUGUUCGACAAAGUGGUGAUUGUGUGCAAACGCAAAGGCUACAACUACGAGCUGAAGGAGAUCAUCGAGCUGCAGUACUACAAGAUGUCCGACGACCCCAUGAACAACAGAGACAUGAAGAAGUCGAGUGGGAAGAUGUGGUCGUACGGCUUCUACCUCAUUCACCUGCAGGGGAAGCAGGGCUUCCAGUUCUUCUGCAAGACGGAGGACACCAAGAGGAAGUGGAUGGAGCAGUUUGAGAUGGCCAUGUCCAACAUCAAACCAGAGCGAGCCACGGCCAACCAGCACAACUUUGAGAUGCACACGUUUGAGAAGAACACCAACUGCAGAGCCUGCAAGAUGCUGCUGAGAGGCAUCUUCUACCAGGGCUACUUCUGCUCGCGCUGCGGCACUGGAGCACACAAGGAGUGCCUGGAGAUCAUCACCAUCUGUAAAAUCAAUCCACACGAUUCGGACCCUGGGCUACUCUCCUCAGGUAAGAAACUGUGUUGUCUGCCAGGUCCAAAAAUGGUGGCCCUCAGGAAUUACCACGGCACGCCCUCUCCCCCGGGGAAACCCCCUCUCAGCUUCCAGACCGGUGAUGUCAUCGAGCUGCUCAAAGGAGACCCGGACACCGCCUGGUGGGAGGGGCGACUCAUUCAAGGCCAGAAGACGGGCUACUUUCCCAGCUCCAGUGUUAAGCCGUGCCUCGAUCCCAAGCCUUUCCCAUGUAUCCCCAGUCGGCAGUCUUCAAGAGAUGUGGACUACACUGUCUACCCCUGGUUUGCUGGGAACAUGGAGCGGCAGCAGGCCGACAACCUGCUCAAGUCUCACAGCAGCGGCACCUACCUGAUCCGGGAGAGGACCGCGGAGGCCGAGAGAUUCGCCAUUAGCAUCAAGUUCAAUGAUGAAGUGAAGCACAUCAAGGUGAUCGAGAAAGACAGCUGGAUUCACAUCACUGAAGCCAAAAAGUUUGAGAGCCUCUUGGAGUUAGUAGAAUACUAUCAGUCCCACUCGCUGAAAGAGAGCUUCAAGCUGCUGGACACAACUCUCCGUCAUCCCUACAAGUCACGAGAACGCUCCUUAUCACGCUCCUUAUCGCGCUCUCCAGCAGCCUCCUCUGCUUCCUACAACUUCUCCUUCCUCAGUCCUCAGGGCCUCAACUUUACUUCUACUCAGAGCUCUGCCCCCUUCUGGUCAGUGUUUACGCCGCGCGUGGUGAGUACGGCGGUAGCGCGGUACAACUUUGCGGCGCGGGACAUGAGGGAGCUGUCGCUUAGGGAGGGCGACGUGGUGAAGAUCUUCAGCAAGAUCGGAGGAGACCAGGGCUGGUGGAAAGGAGAGGCCAAUGGCAAGAUUGGCUGGUUCCCCUCCACGUAUGUUGAUGAAGAAGGCGUCCAGUGAGACUGGAGGGCCACAGGCCAGCACCUCCAAUCAGAAUGCCGGACUCUCGAACCCACUGCCCUCUGAGAGUGUGACUUUUGGAAACGUGUGGAAUAUUCCUCCUUUUUUUGUGCUGGAAACAUCUUCUUUCAGAAAAAAAAACAACAACAACAACAGUGGAUGUUUGUACACCUGUCCUCUUUUUGUCCUGUACAAAAAACAAACAACGCUUCGUUCUUUUCUUCUCCCUCUUCUACUCUUCUACUGUUUUUUCUCUUCGUCUGUGUCGUCCUAUGAAGCAUUUCUAACGUCCAUUGGAUCUCUGUGAUGAUGACCACGAGACAUCGAGGAGGGCGAAGUCCAGACUAUGUGCUUAGGGCUCUGAGACCACUUCCUCCUUCGGACCAGAGUCCCACUGCCACGCACAGAGAUCAGAGGGACAGCUUUGCCUCUGUACAGUAGUAUCAUCCACUGGGUUUUGCUGUUAGCCUAUUGGGAGUCGGGGUGGGGAAAUAUAUAUGUAUAGAUAAUUUAUUUAAAGAGGAAAAAAAGUAAUUAUAUAAAAAGAAAAACAAUUGCGCAAGGUGGGGUGAGUUGUAAGCCUUUCAAAAAGCACGCCAGAGAC